GAAAGACCAAUAACCACAUACCAACAUUAGCUCUCUUCCACAAAUUAGAUUUCUCAAUUCUCAUUAAAAAAUCCUAAUAGAAUUAGUUUACCUUUUCCCUUCAUCAUCUUGUCCUACUUAACAAAAAACAUGGAAAAUUAUUUAAUAAUUCUACCAAAAACACAACACAAUAAUAAAAAAGAAAGCAAAAAAGGAUUCCCACCAUCCUCCUCCUCCUUGGAUUUAUUGCCUGCAAAACCACCCUUCUUUCUCUCUCCUCUUUCUUUAUUUUGCUUUCAGUUUCUUCUUCUUUCUCUUCAAUCAAAAGAGGAAUAAAGAAGAAGAAAGCAAAAUCCCCAAAACCCUUAUCCAUCCUACCCCAACAACAACAAUAAUAAUUUCUCCAGAAUCUUUACCCCUUAAACUUAUUUUUCCCCCUAAUUUCUUACUUUGGGCGGAUUAAUUUCGACUAUUUCAACAAUUUAUAAUUGAUUUGAACUAUUUUUUUGAAUUUUAAGAAUGUUGGUCUCUAAUUCUUUUGAUUUAUGGCAAAGGGAUGCGUUUUUCUCUGCUGCUGAAGAAGUUCAAGAAUCUGCCGACAUCUUGGAAUCAGCUUAUCGAUUAUGGAUUAGACAGAAGAAAGAUGGGUUAUCUUCGAAUGAUUUAGAUGAGCUUCGUCGUGAAGUUCAAACAGCUCUUGGCACUGCGAAAUGGCAGUUGGAAGAGUUUGAGAAGGCUGUGAGGUUAAGUUAUGGAAAUUGCCGCGAUCAUAGUAGAAUGGCAAGGCACCAGCAAUUUCUUGUUGCCAUUGAAAGCUUGAUAACCCGUGUUGAAGAUACAUUGAGGGAUACGUUGAAUGAGGAAGGAAAGCAACCAUUUCGAUGGGUGAAUUUGGAUGAAGAUGAACGAGAUGACCUGGCUAUGUUCCUCUCUGGUUCUGAAACGUUCACUAAGAGUGCAAGAAAUAAAAUUGCGAAAUCUUCCAACAGUCUAACAGAAGAGAAUUUAUGUAAGAAAAAAGAUUUGGACUUUGCUGCUUGUAGCACUAGUACCAGUGCAGCAUCCAACAUGCAGGGAAAAGGUUCACCUGCAUUAAAAGAUGAUAUUGUGAUUAACAUGGAGCAACCUAUUUCUCUCAUAGAACUAAGUGCAAGGGAAGCACUUGGGACACGGGGGGAUAUGAAUUGUGACGCUGAUAGAACACGCAGUGCAAAAAGGACUCAUAUAUCACCAAAUUCUGGUUCUUUAAAGAUUGUGAUUCCUAACGGAGAUGAUAAUAUGAGUACUAUGUCAACCAUCGAGGCCACACCAAAGGUGAAGGGCUUCAAAACGUCAAAUUUACUUCAAUUCAGAGGAAUUAGUUGCAUUAAUAAGCUUUUUACAUGCUCCGGUGGUUUAAAUAAUAGGAUGCAAGGCUCAAGACGCUUACAGUUGAGCUCUUCCAUGCGACUCAUACUCAUUUUGAUGCUAUCAAUUUUCCUGCUGGUGCCCUAUUUGGUUCACUCAAACUGAAACGUGAUUAUGCUGCUAGGUCAAACACAAUAGAUGUGAGUAGAUUCUUCCACAUGAUACAGAGAAUUUAUCAGCAUCCUAUGUACCAAAGGCCAUGCUGUCUGAUUUGAUUCACAUUUGCUGUCUGGAUUGCUAAGCCCCAAUGAUUGAAGGGCUUUUAACCUUUUUCUUCUUAUUUGAUGGUGAUUUAAAAUUACCAUAAAGUGUAGAAGUUCAGGGUAACGAAAAAAAUGAUUUGUAAUAGACCAUUAUUGUACAUCGGAAUGAAAUUAUAGGUCCGUUGCCACAUGUGUAAUAUUAUCCCUUUUCAGUUAGUCUUGUACAUAUCCUCAAUGGUCAACAUUCAUUUUGGUGUUGCUUUACUUGGCUAAAGCACGCGCUAUUGGUCUGA